AGAGAGAUGAAGACGAAAAAGAAUGUGGAUCCAAAAGCAACUGUUCGGAUGUUUUGGAUGCUAGAGACAACAACCAAUUAUUCACGCCACCUGCCAAGCAACAAGCAGUCAGAUGGAUACCGGUUAGAUUUACAAAACAAACAAUGUGCAACCAAAGAAAAGCAUCGAACGAGAGAAUUCAUGAAUUAUUAUGUGAAAGUUAGUAUGGAUAGAGCUCCUUACCUUAGAAAGGUUGGUCUUAAAGUUUACGAGGGAUAUCAAGAGCUUCUCAAGGCAUUUGAUGAUAUGUUCAAAUUCAUUGUGGGUCAUUAUUUUUAA